AUCUCAUCUCAUAGUAUAAGCUAGCUCUACAAUGAUCUCUUCAAGUACUUGGGUCCCAAGGGGAUUCGCGAGUGAAUUUCCAGAGAAGUACGAAUUAAAUGAUGAAGAAAUGGAAAGAAUUACAGCAAUGGCCAAUCUCGAAUUAUCCGAUGCCAAACAACAACUCGAAGAAGCCCAGGCUGAAGAAUCCAAACCUAGCUUACAAGAACAAAUUGAAAUCGACGACGAUUUGAAAGAAUACAACUUGGAAUCAUACGAUGAUGACGAAGUUGAUCCAAACGGUGAGCCAAUCACUAUGUUCCCUGGUUUAUCCAACACCGAUGCCAAGUUGAUCCAAGGUGACGAAGAAGGAGAACAGUUCUUGAGCUUGCCUACUGAAGUUGAUCUCCAAGAAGAAAAACAAGAAAACCAAAUCUAUCCUACCGACAACUUGGUCUUGGCUACCCGUACCGAAGACGAUAUCUCAUACUUGGACGUGUACAUUUACGAUGAUGGUGCCGGUGCACCUCAAGGGUCCACCGAGGAAGAAGAAGAUAAAUUGGACCCAGACGUUGCUAACGGUUUAGUCAGAGAUAGUAACUUGUAUGUACAUCACGAUAUCAUGUUGCCUGCUUUCCCAUUAUGUGUUGAAUGGAUCAAUUAUAACCCUAAAUCCGAAGCCAAUGACCAUAUUGGUAAUUUCGCAGCUAUUGGUACUUUCGACCCUCUGAUUGAAAUCUGGAACUUGGAUUACAUAGACAAGGCAUUCCCAGAUUUGAUUUUGGGCGAACCAGAAAUGAACUCAUUCACAGCCAUAUCCAAGAAGAAAUCUAAGAAGAAAAAGUCAGCCCAUGUAACCACCCACCAUACCGACGCCGUUUUGUCUUUAUCGCAUAAUAGAAUCCACAGAUCAGUCUUGGCAUCUACAUCUGCCGAUAACACUGUCAAAUUGUGGGAUUUAAACAACGGUACUGCCGUUCGUUCAUUCAACACCAUCCACCACAACAAAACCGUCUCAUCCUCACAGUGGCACCCAGUCGAAUCACAAAUCUUAUUGACGGGUGGUUACGACUCUACUAUCGGAUUAACCGAUGUGAGAAUCUCCGAUGCAUCAGCCUCUACUAAGCAUUACAAGGUCAGUCCUGGGGAAGAAGUUGAAAAUGUAAGAUGGGGCCAUACAUCCAUACCAGAAAUUUUCUAUGCCGGUACCGAUAAUGGUAACAUCUACGCCUACGAUGUUAGAGUAGUCGACAAGCCAUUGUGGACCUUACACGCACACGAUUCGGGUAUCUCAUCUCUUGAUGUAAACAACCACAUUCCAGGAAUGUUGAUCUCCAGUGCUAUGGGUGAAAAAUCCGUCAAGCUUUGGAAGUGUCCUUCUACUGGUGGGCCAAGUAUGAUCUUGUCAAGAGAUUUUGGGUUGGGUAACGUCUUGACCACAUCUUUUGCAGGUGAUAUUGAAGUUGCUGGUAAUUUGACUAUUGGUGGUGUUAGCGGUGCAUUGAAGAUGUGGGAUAGUUUAUCCAAUGGCUCUGUAAGAAAUGCAUUCAAAGACGAAUUAAAGACCUUACAAGUGAAGGCUAAGGAAGAAGCAAUCAAGAUUGGCCGUGCUUCGAGAAUCGCAAGAAAGUACCACGGUGAUGCCUCAGAAGAUGUCAUGACUGUUGAAGCCGGUGGGUUAGAAGAUGAUUCUGAUUCAGAUGGUGAAGACGCUCAACUUGACAUGGAGGAUGAAGAUGAAGAGUAAAUGUACAAUAGUCAUAUAUUAAUAUAUAGCAAUUAUAAAGACUUUUCGAAAAGUUCAAUCAAUUCUUCUUCUGGUGUGCCACUGGAAAUCGCAUCAUUGACAAUACCGUUGAUACUUACAGUAGGUGUGAUAUGAACACCCACACCUCUCAAGUAUCUGGUAAAGUACUUGACAUCUACAGCAGUAGCAUUUCCGGCGUUACUUGGAGUUUCAGAAUGGGGGAUUUCCAAUUGUGACAAAAUAGUCUUUUUAUCGAAUGCCAACUUCAAUUCUUUGGAGACAACAUCGUAAAUCUGGGCAUAGAUUUGAUUUCUGGUCAAGUCAAUGUUUGAAGUAUCAUAAAAUGAUUCCUUAUUCUUGAACAACACUUCACUCAAUUUCCAAAAGUCACCGUUGGUAUCACCACUAGGCUGUUCACGUAACAAUUUAGCAUAAGCAAUGGCAAACUCAUUCAACAAGUUGGAAUUAGUGUGCCAUGGUUGGAUAACAUUAACAUACACGAAUUGGAACUUGCCUGGGUGUUUAGCUUGUAAUUCAGGAAUAACCUUGUUGUAUAAUUUCAAGUAUAAUUUGGCACUAAAUGGACAAUUGUAAUCAAGGUAUAAAUUGAUAAUGUGAGGUGAUACACCUUGUGAGGCAGCCAAUGUCUUGGCAGAAAGAUAAUAAUGAGUUAAUGAAUACUUUGGCGAGAUCAUUAUGUCAAUUGUGUUUAUUC